AAUACAGCUCAAAGAGUCCACAGAUCACUGCCGCCAGCAGCAGCAAACUAUCAAACCCUGCAGUGGACGGAGAAGAAAACAGACUCUGUCUGUGUCUCUCUCACAGCUUUAUCAACCUUCUUGGUGAACUCCUGCAGCCGUUUAUAUCAUCAUGACUCCACAUUUACUGAACUGUGCUCUGCUGUUGUCACACUGUGUGUGCCUUGCUGUGGGGAUGUCUGUCAGCAAGGACAUGAUGGAGGUUGUCACCUAUUCAGGUUCAGACGCUCCUCUGCAGUGCACUGCUAGAUACAAGCCUGGAGUCCAGUACAGAGCAGUGAGGUGGUACAAGGUCGGAGAGCCUCCAUCACCUCGUCUCAGCGGCCUCUUGACCAAAGAUCUUCCCAACGGCACCACCAGAUGGUACUUAGGCUUGGACAGGGAGGUGGAGCUGCUGGACGAGACCCGCAAUAUCCUCCUGCCCAACGUGACUUGCAGUGACAGCGGCGUGUACAUGUGUCGCCUGGAAGCACCUGUGGGAGAACAGAACCAGGAGGGGCAGAUUCUCCUCAUUCUGGCAGAUUGUGCUGACAACUCCACAGAAGAACUGAUGACCGAUACUUAUUUGGUCAUUUUAGCCACUGCAGUGCUGAUGUUUGCACUCGUGACUUUCCUAAUAAGCUAUGGCAGUCUUAAGAAUAUUCUCAAAGACAGAAGCAAGACAAUACUAAAAGAAACUUUAUUGGACGCACCGCUUAAGCCACUUCAAAAAAAGGACUUAAAGUUGAUUUAUACUUUAGGUCCAAAUGUGUCUAAAAAACCUACAAUGAAGCACAUAUGUGUUUAAAGUUAGUUCUGGAACGAAAACACAGCAAGAGGAGGAGUUCCUGUGGAAGCACAGGCAGGAAGACCAUCUGAUCCACAUUGAUUUGACAUUAUAGUAUCUUUUACUUGUCCUUAGUUGGUGUUACUUCUAUUAAUCAUUUAUAGUGAAAGGAAAACAUGGAUGUCUAACUUUGGAGCAAGAAGACCGUCACCUUCAAACUUGUUUACAUCAUCACCUGUAGUGUUCUACCACAGCAACAAAGAAUAAUAUUUUUAUGAGCUUUUAUGCGGAUAUGAAGAGUGACUGUACGACCCUUAAACACAACAACGGACCUUAAAUCCUCAAAAACAAAAAGGACAAGAAGCAACUCCUGAACUCUUUAAUCGUUAAAGCAAAUGUGGACACAGAGAGGGAUCCUCCGCCCAAGACAGUCAAGCAGUACUGAUGAGCUGGACGCCGACUCAGAGUCAUCAUGGAGGGGCCGGCGUUGGGGCCAGCGUCAUGGACGGACUAACCUGCGAGGGGCCCCGGGGGGCAGAGACGAGACGCUGGGCCCCCAAUAGCCCGCUGUUCGUCCCCCUCCCUUUGUAAUAUGAACAGUUUUUAUCAGAGAUUUGCUUUGUGAUCAUUUUACUGAGCAAGGCGAUUUUAUUUGGAGGAAUAUAUGACUUUGUGACUACAAGUCAUCUUUAAUACAAAUGUGGAAACAAAAUAACAAAAUACUGUGGAACAUUUGUAGCUCUUAUUGCAGCUUUUUUUAAAGCUUAAAAUGUUGAUUGCACUCAAAUAAAAGACUUGGUUUUUUUGUAGCCAAAGACACCUGAUAGCA